CUCGCUGACGUUUUUCAGACCAUGGAUGAUGGAUGAUAUCGGGGAAAACCAGUAUCGGCGGUGCCAGGACAACUAAACUCGCCGCCAACUCGGUACCAUAUCCAACAAGCGAUCCACAUUAGGCCUCGGGGAACCUUCAGUUUCGUUUUGACCUCGUAACGAAAUCCAUUUCUUUUGUUCAUCGUCCUCUACACACUUGGAUCACGGGCGCGACAUCGAUACCCGUUCAAAACUCGCUCGGCCAAGCCAUCAUCAACCCGAACCGCGCGACCAGCAUUAUGUCGACCAUCAAGGACAUUACCAGUAUCGAGGCUUGGAACAAUCAUGUGUCGUCAUUGCCGGCGUCCACCCUCCUGAUCGUCUCCUUCCACGCGCCCUGGGCUGCGCCCUGCGCCCAGAUGGCGACAGUGCUCAAGACAUUGGCGAGCGAAUAUCCCGUUACUGAACCGCUUUCCACGUCCUGGGUCUCGAUCGACGCCGAAGAACUGUCGGAAAUCAGCGAAACGUACAACGUGACGGCCGUUCCCUUUCUCGUGCUCGCCCGGAAUAACCAGGUUUUGGAGACGGUUAGCGGAAGCAGUGCCGUCAAGGUUCGAAACGCGAUUGAGACCCACGCCAAAAAAUCGGCCCAGUUCGGCACUGAAGCUAGUGAGAAGACACCGGCGAUCGCAAAUGGCGCCGCAACUGCUGAGGGCCAGGCCGGCGACGUUGUACCUCAGGACCCCAAGAAGCAAAAGGAGGAGUUGUUCAGACGUCUGGGUGACCUGGUCAAGGCCGCCCCGGUCAUGCUGUUCAUGAAGGGUACUCCCAGUGAGCCCAAGUGCGGCUUCUCGCGACAGCUGGUUGCUAUUCUCCGAGAAAAUGCCGUUAAAUACGGUUUCUUUAACAUUCUAGCGGACGACGAAGUACGACAGGGCCUUAAGGAGUUUGCUGAUUGGCCUACUUAUCCACAACUUUGGGUCGACGGUGAGCUAGUGGGGGGACUCGAUAUCGUCAAGGAGGAGUUGGCGAACGACGCCGACUUCUUCAAACCAUAUAGUGUCAAGGCGAACGGCGAUGCGUCCGCCGGGCAAUCAUAGGUUUCAGCACGCACCGAACCUUCCUUGGUCGGAACGGGAACCGCUGUAUAUAUGCUCUUGAGCGACUGUCAGUCUUGAAAAUGGAGGCAAAUAGGCAGAUCACGUUCUUGUCGAGUGUCCCCUAUAUCACAUCUGACUUGGCUUUGAUCAGUCUCCUUGGUACCUGCGGCUCAAGAUGAUGCAGUGGAAUCAUGGCGAUAAAUAGAUGGUCGCAACACUAAUUGCAUGAGACAGCCUAAAACUACAAGACUCACAGGCUGAAGACGUAUCAGGCGCACUGCUAAGAUAAGAGACAGUACUCAUGACACUAAGCCGCUAAGCGACAGUCAUGGCUUGUCAACGGCCAACUGAGUGCUAGGCGUACAAUGACGGCGCACGUUUAACGCGCAAGGUAUUGCGCUUAUCGACGGGUCGAGUAAUGCAACACAUUUUCUCCUGGCUGUACUCCUGGGUGGUCGCAAUUGCAGGAAAAACUGCCCACUGGCCAUGGGUACUCUUUUUUUGUGUGGGCGUUGAUUCGCUGGGAAAAUGGUAUUUAAGUACUAGAUACCAGUAACCUUUUUGGUGAUGCAAUUUUUGACUGUGUGUGGUGAAGACCGAAAUGCCAAG